AUGAAGCUGAAACUCCUCUCCCCCUGCCUUCUCCUCGCCUUCUUUGCCGCCGCGGCGUACGCGGCGCCGGCUGCGUCGCGCGCGGCGGCCGUCGUGAGGGCCGCGGGCACGGCCCCGCUGCAGUCGGCGUCGUCGGACCCGGAGAACCAGUGCGUGUACACGGUGUACGUGCGGACGGGGUCCAUCUGGAAGGGCGGCACGGACUCGACGAUCGGCGUCACGCUGCUGGGGGCCGACGGCACGGGGAUCCGGAUCCGGGACCUGGCGGCGUGGGGCGGGCUCAUGGGCGCCGGCCACGACUACUACGAGCGCGGCAACCUGGACAUCUUCAGCGGGCGGGGGCCCUGCAUGAGCCAGGCCCCCUGUGCCAUGAACCUCACCUCCGACGGCUCUGGCGCGCACCACGGCUGGUACUGCAACUACCUCGAGGUCACGGUCACGGGGGCCCACCUGGGCUGCGCGCAGACGCUCUUCACCGUCGAGCAGUGGCUCGCCACCGACACGUCGCCCUACCGCCUGUACGCCGUCGUCGACGAGUGCGAGACGAAGCGGCGGCGGCAGGAGACACGCCGCUCGCCGGCCGGCGAGGCCGAGCCCACCGUGACCGCGCUCUAA